CCCAAGGCUUGCAGGCCCCAGCCCAUGGGCCCCGCCGCCUCGCGGCUCCCGGUACGCUAGGCUGCCGCCUAGCUCGGCGUGCAGCCCGCCGGCCUCAGGGAGUCCCGGCGCCGUCCGGCGGGGCGGGGCGGCGCGGCGCGGGCCGCCACCAUGGAGCCGCAGCGCAGGGAGCUGCUCGCUCAGUGUCAGCAGAGCCUGGCCCAGGCCAUGACCGAGGUGGAGACCGUGCUCGGGCUGCUGGAGGCCGCCGGGGCGCUGAGCCCGGGCGAGCGGCGGCAGCUGGACGAGGAGGCUGGAGGCGCCAAGGCGGAGCUCUUGCUCCAGCUGCUCCUGGCCAAGGAGCAGGAUCACUUCCAGGACCUGCGUGCCGCGCUGGAGAAGACGCAACCUCACCUGCUGCCCAUUCUCUACCUGAACGGCGUCGUCGGGCCGCCGCAGUCCGCAGAGGGCGCGGGCUCCACCUACAGUGUCCUGUCCAUCAUGCCCUCAGACUCGGAGAGCAGCAGCUCCCUCAGCAGUGUGGGGACUACUGGGAAGGCACCGUCCCCGCCACCCCUCCUUACUGAGCAGCAGAUCAGUGACAAGGUGGAGAACCUCUCCAUUCAGCUACGGCUGAUGACCCGUGAGAGGAACGAGCUACGCAAGCGCCUGGCCUUCGCCACCCAUGGAGCCACCUUUGACAAGAGGCCCUACCACAGGCUGAAUCCUGAUUAUGAGAGGCUUAAGAUCCAGUGUGUGCGGGCCAUGUCGGACCUGCAGAGUUUACAGAACCAGCACACCAACGCCUUGAAGAGGUGCGAGGAGGUGGCCAAGGAGACAGACUUCUAUCACACCCUCCACAGCCGGCUCCUGAGUGACCAGACUCAGCUGAAGGAUGAUGUGGACAUGCUGAGACGGGAGAACGGGAAGCUGCUUCGCGAGCGGAACCUCCUGCAGCAGUCCUGGGAGGACAUGAAGCGACUCAGGGAGGAGGACCAGAAGGAGAUAGGCGAUCUCCGGGCCCAGCAGCAGCAGGUGCUGAAGCACAACGGCUCCUCAGAGAUCCUCAACAAGCUGUAUGACACAGCCAUGGACAAGCUGGAAGUGGUCAAGAAGGACUAUGAUGCCCUGAGGAAGAGGUACAGCGAGAAGGUCGCCAUGCACAACUCAGACCUGAGCCGCCUGGAGCAGCUGGGGGAGGAGAACCAGCGCCUGCAAAAGCAGACGGAGAUGUUGACCCAACAGAGGGACACAGCCAUCCAGUUGCAGCAUCAGUGCGCCCUCUCUCUGAGGAGGUUUGAGACAAUCCACCACGAGCUGAGCAAAGCCACAGCUCAGAACAAGGACCUUCAGUGGGAGAUGGAGCUGCUGCAGUCUGAGCUGACAGAGCUGAGGAGCAAGCAGGUGAAAACCGCCAAGGAAUCUGAGAAAUACAAGGAGGAACGCGACGCAGUGUACAGCGAGUACAAGCUCAUCAUGAGCGAGCGCGACCAGGUCAUCUCGGAGCUGGACAAGCUACAGACAGAGGUGGAGCUGGCAGAAUCCAAACUCAAGAGCAGCACAUCUGAGAAGAAGGCAGCCAGCGAGGAAAUGGAGGCCCUGCGGCAGAUCAAAGACACAGUGACCAUGGAUGCUGGGAGAGCCAACAAAGAGGUGGAAAUCCUCCGAAAGCAGUGCAAGGCAUUGUGCCAGGAGCUGAAGGAAGCCCUCCAGGAAGCAGAUGUGGCCAAGUGCCGGCGGGACUGGGCCUUUCAGGAGCGGGACAAGAUUGUGGCAGAGCGUGACAGCAUCCGGACUCUGUGUGACAAUCUGAGGCGGGAGCGGGACCGGGCUGUGAGUGAGCUGGCUGAAGCCCUUCGUAGCCUGGACGACACCCGGAAACAGAAGAAUGAUGUCAGCCGUGAACUUAAGGAGCUCAAGGAGCAGAUGGAAUGCCAGCUGGAGAAGGAGGCCCGGUUCCGGCAGCUGAUGGCCCACAGUUCCCACGACUCAGCCAUUGACACGGACUCCAUGGAGUGGGAGACAGAAGUUGUGGAGUUUGAGAGAGAGACGGAGGAUAUAGACUUGAAAGCACUUGGGUUUGACAUGGCAGAAGGUGUGAAUGAGCCUUGUUUUCCUGGGGACUGUGGCAUAUUUGUUACCAAAGUGGACAAAGGAAGUAUUGCUGAUGGUCGCUUAAGGGUCAACGACUGGCUGCUGAGAAUCAACGACGUGGACCUCAUCAACAAGGACAAGAAGCAGGCCAUCAAGGCGCUCCUCAAUGGAGACGGAGCCAUCAACAUGGUCGUGAGGCGGAGGAAGUCCCUGGGUGGAAAGGUCGUUACCCCCCUGCACAUCAACCUUAGCGGACAGAAAGACAGUGGCAUCAGUUUGGAAAACGGAGUGUAUGCUGCUGCUGUGGUACCUGGAAGCCCAGCCGCCAAAGAGGGGUCUCUCGCCGUGGGAGACAGGAUUGUUGCGAUCAAUGGUAUUGCACUGGACAAUAAAUCUCUGAAUGAAUGUGAAUCUCUGCUGCGAAACUGUCAAGACUCCUUGACCCUCUCCCUCCUGAAGGUGUUUCCCCAGAGCUCCUCGUGGAGUGGCCAGAACAUCUUUGAAAAUAUCAAGGACUCAGAUAAGAUGCUGAGUUGUCGAGCGCACGGCCCAGAGGUCCAGGCACAUAACAAACGGAACUUGUUACAGCACAAUAACUCCACACAGACAGAUAUCUUCUACGCAGAUCAACUGGAGGACAGGAAGGAGCUGGGCCCCCCUGGAGGCAGCAGUUCUUUCCUGCACAAGCCAUUCCCUAGAGCCUCCUCUCCAGCCUCUCCCCAGGCCUGUCCUAGCACCUCGGAGCGUAGUCUGAACUCAUUCCGUUCUGAUGCCUCUGCUGAACGUGGCUAUGGGCUGGUGGACGUGCAGAGCCAGCAGCCUCUGCUGUCUUUCGAGACUGGGGUGGGCCCCUGUGGGAUAGUAGAGGCUCCCCUGGACAAGGUAGAUCCAGACGGCUCCAGCAGUGGUGGGACCUGGCCCAAGGCUGUGCUUGGUUCCACAUCAGUACCUGAGAAGCUCUCUGUCUACAAGAAACCCAAGCAAAGGAAGUCCAUCUUUGACCCAAAUACUUUCAAGCGCCCACAGACACCCCCCAAAAUAGACUACCUGCUUCCAGUCCCUGGGCUUGCUCACUCCCCGCAGCCCUCCACUAGGGUAGGGUCUCUGACACCCCCAAAGCCCCCCAGGAGAAGUGACUCUAUCAAGUUUCAACACAGGCUGGACACCAGUUCUGAGUCAGAAGCCACUUUGGUGGGAAGCUCACCUUCCACCAGCCCUCCAAGUGCCCCACCCCCCAGCAUGGACCCCGGGGAGCCCAUGCAUGCUUCACCCACACGCAAGGCAAGGGUCCACAUCGCCUCCAGCUACCACUCUGAAGGGGAUGGAGAAACCUCCUACCUGCCUGCCAAGAAGUCCUGUGAUGAGGACCUCACCUCCCAGAAAGCGGACGAGCUAGGGCCGAAGCGGCGCCGGCCAAAGUCUGCCCCUAGUUUUCGGCCCAAGAUUGCUCCAGUAGUGAUCCCUGCUCAGUGCCUGGAGGUAGAGGAACAGGACUGUGAUCCAACCAGCGGAGAACUCUCCCCAGAGGUUCAGGAAUGGUCCCCGUACUCACCAGGGCAUGCUAGCCGGCAUGGCAAUCCCCCACUCUACCCUAGUCGGCCAUCUGUGGGCACUGUUCCCCGGAGUAUGACUCCCAGCACCACUGUGAGCUCCAUCCUGCGGAACCCCAUCUACACCGUGCGCAGCCACAGGGUGGUUCCCUGUGGCUCUCCACCCGUGUCCCGCGAUGCUGGCCCCCAGGGCCUGUCUCCCAGUGUCCAGCACCAGGGACGCCUCAGCCUGGACCUGAGUCACAGGGCCUGCAGUGACUAUUCUGAGAUGAGAGCCUCCCAGGGUUCCAACUCUCUGCCCUCCAGUGCUCGUCUUGGGUCUUCCAGUAACCUGCAGUUCAAGGCAGAGCGGAUUAAGAUCCCAUUAACACCGAGAUAUCCCCGGUCUGUCAUGGGCUCUGACAGAGGUUCAUUGUCACAUUCUGAAUGCAGCACUCCUCCCCGGUCCCCACUGAACAUCGAUACCCUGUCCUCCUGUAGCCAGCCUCAGACUUCAGCCUCCACGUUGCCCAGAAUUGCUGUCAACCCCACUUCCCAUGGGGAGCGGAGGAAGGACAGGCCUUACCUGGAGGAGCCACGCCAUGUGAAAGUACAGAAGGGUUCAGAGCCUCUGGGAAUCUCCAUCGUGAGUGGAGAGAAGGGUGGUGUGUACGUCUCCAAGGUGACCACAGGGAGCAUCGCCCACCAGGCCGGCCUUGAGUAUGGGGACCAGUUACUUGAGUUCAAUGGCAUAAACCUGAGGAGUGCCACCGAGCAGCAGGCCCGGCUGAUCAUCGGACAGCAGUGUGAUACCAUCACCAUCCUGGCCCAGUACAACCCACACAUUCACCAGCUCAGUAGCCACUCCCAUUCCAGCUCCCACCUGGACCCUGCUGCCACCCCUCACUCUACUCUCCAGGGCAGCAGUGCUGUAACCCCAGAACAUUCCUCUGUCAUUGAUCCGCUGAUGGAACAGGAUGAAGGCCCUGGCACCCCCCCAGCCAAGCAAAGUACCCCCAGCUCCAGGAUUGUGGGAGAUAGCAGCAAGAAGAGCCCUGAUCCCCGCAUUGUUUUCAUCAAGAAAUCCCAGUUGGAUCUGGGAGUGCACUUGUGUGGUGGGAAUCUGCACGGGGUGUUUGUGGCCGAGGUGGAAGAUGAUAGUCCUGCCAAGGGUCCCGAUGGCCUCGUGCCAGGGGACCUCAUCCUGGAGUAUGGCAACCAGGAUGUGCGCAGCAGGACAGUAGAGGAUGUCUAUGUGGAGAUGUUGAAGCCAAAAGAUAAUAUCCGCCUGAAGGUGCAGUAUCGCCAUGAGGAAUUCUCCAGAGUCAAGGGCCUGCCUGGUGACAGCUUCUACAUCAGGGCCCUAUAUGACCGUCUGGCAGAGGUGGAGCCUGAACUGAGUUUUAAGAAAGAUGACAUCCUGUAUGUGGAUGACACAUUGCCCCAGGGCAUGUUUGGGUCCUGGAUGGCUUGGCAGCUGGAUGAGAAUGCCCAGAAGAUCCAGCGUGGGCAAAUUCCCAGUAAAUAUGUGAUGGACCAAGAGUUCUCAAGGAGGCUUAGCAUGUCAGAGGUCAGAGAUGACAGCACAGCAAAGACGCUGUCGGCAGCUGCGCGUCGGUCCUUCUUCCGCAGGAGGCAUAAACACAAACGCAGUGGGUCUAAAGACGGCAAAGAUCUGCUCGCCCUGGACACCUUUUCCAAUGACUCCAUUCCGCUCUUUGAAGACUCAGUGAGCCUGGCCUAUCAGCGGGUCCAGAAGGUGGACUGUACCUCUCUGCGGCCUGUCCUCAUCCUGGGGCCUUUACUGGAUGUGGUGAAGGAGAUGCUGGUCAGUGAAGCACCUGGAAAGUUCUGCAGAUGCCCACUUGAGGUGAUGAAGGCCUCCCAGCAAGCCAUUGAGCGGGGUGUCAAAGACUGCCUGUUUGUGGACUACAAGCGGAGGAGUGGCCAUUUUGACGUUACCACCGUGGCUUCAAUAAAGGAGAUCACAGAAAAGAACCGGCACUGUCUUCUGGACAUCGCACCGCAUGCCAUCGAGAGGCUGCACCAUAUGCACAUCUACCCCAUUGUCAUCUUCAUCCGCUACAAGAGCGCCAAGCACAUCAAGGAACAAAGAGACCCUGUCUACCUGAGGGACAAGGUGACACACAGGCACUCCAAAGAGCAAUUUGAGACGGCACAGAAGAUUGACCAAGAGUACAGCAGGUACUUCACAGGGGUUGUCCAAGGAGGAGCCCUGUCGGGCAUUUGCACUCAGAUCCUGGCAAUGGUCAAUCAAGAACAAAGUAAAGUCCUGUGGAUCCCUGCUUGCCCACCUUAGCAGAAAGCUGGACCAGAGGAAACUCCAUGACCAGAUGGUGGGGACAGCUUGCUGACUCUUUCAGCUACUAGAUGUCUGUCUUUCUGUGGACAAGCUGGUAAGAACUGGGAACCAGGACUCCAGCAACACCUCCUUUGUAAGCAGAGAGCCACAAAGAUUUGGGCCCAGCUGGUGGAUGGCACACUCAUGCAUGUCCACUUUGAAACAGAAAAGCAGAAACACAAAAGACUUGAUUCUCCCUUAGCCAGCCGAGCAGAGGUGCUGUGCCCAGGACCUCGCUAAUCAGAAGUUUACAAGCCUUUUCCAAGUAUUUGGUUGUCUAUGUUUACUUGAAUAGCUCCAUGUUGUCGGUGCCCAGCCCUUGAUCCCAACACCCUCUGUCAUUUCCUUUUGGUUUGAUGUUCCUGUCUUGGGCAGGAACCUUGUUCAGGGGGAGCUGCUUUGCUACAGGAGGUUCCUAUCAGUGGGACCAGAGCUGUGACAGACUUCCUGUUCCUUGGUGGCUCCUCUCCUGGAAGAUAUCACAACUGCAGGUGCUCAGACCACUGUUGGUACCAGAACCAGUGCCUUGGUGGGGCCCACUUGCUGUGGCAGCACUUCCUUCCCACACCCGGAAGGAAGCUUUGGCAUUCUUGCAGAUUCGCCUCUUGGCCUUCCUCCUGCAUCCCUGGCCUCUUGUUUCUUCUCCAGCUGUGUUUAUAUUUAAGCAUCAUGUCUAGUCCAUCAGGGCUUCGUGGUUCCUAGAUGACACAGUUGGAUCCUUAGCUGGUGGGGAGGGCGGGAGCAUGGGCAUGCCAUUGGUUCCCAAAGGCUCUGAGAUACCCAGCAGUCUUUGUCAGUGCAAGGUUGCAGGGUAACCCUUAAAACUGGCACAGGUGUACCUGUACCAGCUCUUUCUGGCAGGACACUAUUCAUGUCACAAACUGAAAUAAGAACUUGUAGUGGGCAUAAUGGCUAGACACGCCUAUGGAAAAUGGAAGAAGAAAACCUGGGUGCUUUUUCAUCUUGGUUACAACAUUCUCAGCCUGACUCCACGAGGACAUCUCCAUUCUUUGUUGGGUUUCUUUUUUUUAAUUCAUUUUUCUCACCCCGCCCCUGCCCCGCAUCUCCACUUCUUAUGCCAGAUCUAUCUGCUAAAGAGCUGAUGCAGUCCCUUCUUCAACUGUGUGCCCCAUUAAUAGGUACUGUACUGGGUUCUGUGUGUCAUUGGGGUAGGAUCUAUAUUUUAAUACUGUUCCUAACAUUUCAUUUUACUAGCAAGAAAUCUUUGAUUUCAUUUUAUUCUUUGUAACUCUAGACAUUAGAUUGUAGUUUAGUCAUUAUUGACAAUUUUUUUAAAAGGGAUAUAUUUUCUUGCACAGCUGUUUAAAAAGAGAGAGAAGAGUUGCAGCCCUCAAGGCUGUUCUGCGCCUUACAGGCACACAUUUUCUAGCUCAGACAACUGAGAUUCUGCCGACCCCUCUUAAGGUCUUCCACGCACAGUUGCGGGACAAGGACUGUUUCCCUGGGCAUAGGCCUGGUUCUGCCCUCAUUGGACAAGCAGGUGUGGCUCUGAUAGGUGGGAUAUGCUGUACUAAAAUGUUACUUUGUAUCAAAAACAAACCAGACUUCAGUACGGCAAAUAAAGGUCAGUUUGUGUAACCUGUGUGUGCAGAUACUGGUGGAUGCAGGUACCCAUUCUGUGUGCAGAUACUGGUGGAUGCAGGUACCCAUUCUGUGUGCAGAUACUCGUGGAUGUAUGUACCAUUCUGUAUGCAGAUACUGAUGGAUGGAUGUACCCAUUCUGUGUGCAGAUACUGAUGGAUGGAUGUACCAUUCUAUGUGCAGAUACUGAUGGAUGGAUGUACCAUUCUGUGUGCAGAUACUGGUGGAUGCAGGUAUCCAUUCUGUUCAACUUGCAUGUAGCCUCUUUCCUUCUCCUUCACCUUCCUUUUCUCCAGAAGUAGGCCUGUGCUGCCCCUCUCCACAGGGACCCAUGCAGAACUGGAGCCUGCAGUCCUCUGGCUGAUGAAUGAGGUUCGUUGAAAAUCAGUAGUCUGUUACCUGAUGCAUCCUCCUCUGCAUGCCUCCUGUCAUGCCCUGCUGUCUGUCAUCUGCCAAGAGGUGCAUUAGAUGGUGGUUGCAGCUGUGCAGCCACCAAGUCCUUGUGUUUAGGCUUCCAGAUAUGAAGUUGUGCUGUGCGAAACAAAGAGGAGAGUGAACUGAGCAUUUGGGACCUGACGUGUUCCCAUUAAGUGUGCUAUAUGAAGCGUCAGGGUUGGAAGUGCCCUACCUGGCUCAGGACCCUGUUGUCAAAACUUCAGAGUAUCACAUUGUAGUACCCAGAACUGCAGGACCCCAGAAGCAACCUGCAGUGAAGGCAAGUCUAAGUCCCAGGUGCUGGAAGAAUUGAGAAAGUGGAGGGAGAGUCAUGGUCUAUGGUUACAAGGAGACUAGUCUCAGGCCAAGGGUAAAGCCUGCCUCUGCUAUUCCUUUUUUAUUAUUUACAUGUUUGUGUAUGUGUGCAUGCGUGCACACACUUGCCUGUGAGUGUGUGUGUAAAGGUCAGAGAUCAGUGUCAGGAGUCUUCCAUUAUCACUCUCCACCUUAGUUUUUGAGAUAGGGUCUCAUCGAACCCAGAGCUCACUGUUUUUCUAGACUCUCUGGCCGUCAAGUCCCAAGGAUUCUCCUGCCUACAUUUCACAGUUCUGGGGUUGUGGGUUUACAUUGCCACCUCUGACUCUGCUUUAUUUUUUCUUUUUAGCAUGGGUCCUGGGAUCUGAACUAUGUGUUUAGACUUACACAACAAAGCACUUAACCUACUGAGCCAUCUCCUCAGGUCAUCUGCCCCUUCUGUUUGUGUGGGCCCCAGGGAUAGAAUCCUCUUCCAAAACCCUGUGCUGGUGUGAUGGUCAGACCUAUGGAGGCAGACUUGAUGUUGCUGCCUCCCUCAUUCCUUCCUGUCACAAGUUCCAUGUUGGCCUUAUUGUCACCCUACAGAGCUAUGUGAAAGUUUGACACUUGAAGGAAGGUAGAUUAGGCUUGCCCGGGCUUGUCCAGAUAGAUACUCAAGGCCACAAGGGUACGAUAUUGAGUCCUGUUAGCCCAGACCAUGUAUCAUCCUCAGAGUGGAAACCUUUUCUCUUGCAUUUAAUCAUGAUCAAAAACAAACCUUAGCAGUUUUCACUUCUAACACCGUAACAUGAUCUACUAUUUUUUAGGCUUCUCUGUCUCUCCCAGAUCUACAGGGACUUUUCUUUUUCCUUUUGAAGCAGAUGGCUACAUUUGUCUCUGAGACCACAGGCUGUUUCUAAAGGCACUAAUGACUAUCAGGGCAGCCCUAUAGCCAUGCUGCAAGAUGCUAUGAGAGGUUUGUCUUGCUACACUGUACUGGAUGUGGCCACAGCACGUGGGUCUGUGCCCAAUGUGGCAUUGUAUGGGGUGGCUCAGUGGAAAGGCCAACCUGACAUGUUAUCCUCAGUCUUGGUAUUUGUGCCCAAAGAGAGUGAAACAUGGUCUUUCUAUCAGUUCCAUUUCUUCUGAACAGAGACCGGCAGAAAGCAGCCUUUCCUCUGGCUCACACUGGGGAGCAUGCUGGGGAAGGUGUGGCAGCAAGAGCGGGAGUCUGGCCACAGGCUUUGCCUCUGCAGUCUGGAAGCAGAGAGGAAACAAGAAGUGGGGCCAAGGUAUUGAAGGGCCCAGACCCUCAUUCAGUCCCCCACUUUGACAGCCAUGACAGACUGCAGAAAAGAACCAGCAAGACGUAGGCCCCUGACUCAGCAGGAUGUGCUAAGCCCCAGCCAUGCCCUCUCUUGCCCUCCCUUGCCCUGAUUACUGGGAAAAAACUGCCAGGUGUCCUCCAUGUGAUACGGAACCAAUCAGAAGUUAGCUGGUGUGUUCUGGAUCUGCUUUACUGAUGGUAGUGGAAUGCAGUAACCCCACCCCCACACAUGGCCUCCUGGUAUAGCAACCUUUCUGCAGCUGCAGCCGACCAAUCAGCUCAGGACAGGUUCUCCCAGCCUGGCGGUGUGCCAGUCCUGAGACUGUUACUAUGCAACUAGCAGAUCUCCAGAUAACCCUCUUGUUCUACCCUAAUAUAUACCCUGCCCCACUGCAGCUCAGGGGCUCUCCUACUCUACCAACUGUGUUGGACGGACAGAAGACCCAAGUUAACUUGUAAUUAAAGACUCUUUGCUUUUGCAUUGGA